AAAAAUAAAUAGUUAAGACCUAAAGCAGGAGACUUUGCAGACUCUUGUCAAUCGUCAAGUGAAUUAUAAGUAAACGGACGCGAUUGAAACCGAGUUUUGCUAUUAAAAAUAAUAUUUAUUAUUAUUAUUACUACCAUUUAUUUACAUCUGAGAUUUUAUUGAAUUUUCAAAGUACAUAAAUUUGUUAAUUAAUUAAUUUUAAUUUAAAUACUGGUAAUUAGUUAGAAAAAUCAAAAUUAAUGUAGUAAAUUAAGUAAUUGGUAAUAAAUAAUUGAUGUUAGUAAAGGAAUCUCAUUAAAAAAAUUUUUUAAAAAUACCGCGGGCCUGAAAUUUAUACCGCUAUCAUUUACUUAUAACAGUAAUAAAUAACACGGAGUAAGGAGAAUAAUAAUUUAAUAAUAAUAAUAAUAAUAAUGGAAGGAGUUGGAGGUGUUUUAACAGCAGAGCGUAGCCCGGCUCGUGCUAAUUUGCACGUGGCUUUCACAGAAAAAGGUGAAGUUAAAGAAAAACGUGAGAAAUUUCUCACAGCUAAAUAUGGUUCACAUCAGAUGUCUUUAAUUAGAAAAAGACUUGCCGUUGAGAUGUGGCUCUUUGAUGAACUUCAAAAGCUCUAUGAAUCUGUGAGUGAUAAUGGCAAAAGUCGAGAAGUCGAAGUUGAUAUUGAUGAGUUAUUAGAUAUGGAUAGUGAUGAUCAUAGACGAACUUUUUUACAAGAACUGUUGGUCGAUGCUAAAAAACCCCAUGAUGUAAAGAAAUUUAUAAAUGAUUUGCUAGAGAAGGCAAAAACACUCUGAAAAGUAUGUACCUGCCAUGGAUUAGAUCUACUGAUACGCAAGGUCGUGAUUUGCUCAGCUUUUUUAUUAAUAUUAGAAGAGGUCAGUGAAAAAAAAAAAAAUAUGUGAGUUAUCAAUUUAUAUAUUAAUUGAUAAAAAACAUUAAAUUUAUAAAUUUGAUAAAGCUCAAAUGAGUUAACGGCAAAUAAGACAGCGUAUUUUAAUAUUUUAUUUACUAACUAUUAACUAUUAAUUAUUAUUAUUAUUAAUAUUAAUAUUUUUUAUUUUAUCAGCUAAGAGUUUAUUAAACUAAGAUUUAAUUACACGACUGAAUCCCUACUUAAUUUAUAUUCGCUUUCGAUGAUUUUUUAAUUAAAUUUAUUUGUCUGAUUGAUUUUUAAAGUAACAGUAAUAUUUUUCGCUGGUGGAAAGUUUAAAAGCGAUGCCAUCCAUUUAACAAUCGCGUGGCAAAGUUUAUUGAUGGUACAAAAAAAAAACAAAUUUGAAAAAUAAAAAAUUUGUCAGAGCAAUAGAUUUUUUAAAUUUGUAUGAGUAAAUUCCAGUUGCGCUAUAAAAAUUUGUGUAAUAAAAAAUAAAGUCAAGUACGUAAAUAAAAGAAAAAUAAUAUUAAUCACUAGAACAGAGACACGUGGCACUUAAAAUUAGUAAUUUGUAUAACGAUGUAAUAGGCAAGUCAAUUAAGUGCCAAAUAGAUGAAUCACGUUCCAAAAGUACUUUAGAAGUAACUAAAAAAAUAAUUUUUAAAAUAAUAAAUUUAAAUAAAUAGUUAAGAUGUAUAUCUAUAGAAAUGUCUAGUGUCUCGCGUGUUCUGGUAGCUCUAGAUUUAUUUUAUUAUCGUUAUUUCUGUCGAUAUUAUUGUCAAUAAAUUUAUUCAGAGACGAGAGAUCGGAUUAGAAGAAAAGAGAAGGAAACUGAUAUCACUUAUCGAUUUUAAAAAUUUGAUAAAUUUUAGCUAAAUUAUUUAUAAUACUGUUGAAGUUUUAAUAAAUAAAUUCGGCGUUUAUCUUCUUUACUGUUAAUUAAAUAUUAUUACUGUCGUAAUUAUUUAAAUAAAAUGAAUUUUAAAUUUAAAUUUAAAUAUCACUGCCGAAAUGAACCAAAUCUAUGGCUUGGAAUUCAAUUAAAUGAAACUAUUGGUAACAUCUGGUAGUAAAAUGUAAUCGCUUGAGUAGACACAUAUCUUUUAAUUAUCUCUCUGCAUAUCUGAAGAUUUACUAAAAAAAAUUAAAUAAAAUUAAAAAGUCAAAAAAAAAAUUGUAUACGUGAUAUGAAUUAUCAAUUAGGCCACGUGUGAAAAUAAAAAUGUCAUUAUUAUCUCAGAGAAUGAAAUUUAUGUUAAUAUUGAAUAAGCAUAUAAAUACUCAGACUUUACAUAAAUAAUUUACAAAAAAAAAAAAAAACUUAUUUAUUUACAACAGAUCAAAAAUAAGUAAAAUAAUAGUCAAGGCAAUUGUCAAAAUUAUUUAAAAAAAAUAAACAAACUGCCAAAGAUUUAUUUCACUGAUAACAAGAUAAGUUAAAAAAAGAAAAAUUAAAUAAAUAAAAAAAAUGUAUCAAGUACACUUGGUGCUUAAAUAAUUUGUGAUUUUAUUUUUAAAAAAUAAUUUACAUACAAAUGGUCUCGUUUAAGUUUUUAUUUUUUUUUAUCACUUUUUUUUUUAAAUACUAGAUUUUUAUUAUUAAUUAUAAAUUUAUUUUUUCUUUAAUUAUUAAAACUUACAAUCAACGAAAAUUGCGUCGAUAGUCCAGAGUUUUUUUUUUUUUAUUUAAAGUGUUUUUUUUUUAUAAGGGUUACAAUUUAAAUUCAAAUAUCAAAUUUAAAAGUUUAUCAAAGCACUUGGGAGUUUUCAUUUAAAUUACGUCAAUUAAAGUUUUAAGAGGUUGGGAAAAAAAUUAAAAUCUCUGGAUCAUGAGUUAACUCGAAUGUUCCAUGACGUAUAAAUUGUCUUGAUAACGUAAAGUUCAUAUCGGGUUAAUAAUAAUAAACAUAAAACAAAUAAAAUAUUAUCAUUAUAUAUAAUUUAUCAAGAAAACUAAGAGGCAUUAGAGAUCACUUAAAAAUUAAGUAAUCAAUUGUUUACAUAAUUAAUUUUUUGAAUUACUCCACUUGCUUAUUAAUUAAAAUUAGCUUUUAUAAUUAAAUAAUUAAUGAAUUGUUUUGUUGAAUUUAUAUAUCUUUGUACUUCCAGUAGGAUUUUAAAUAGGCUAUUGUUUUAAAAAUCUUUUGUGUGAAGAGUGUUUGUAAAAAAAAAAAAGAAAGAAAAAAAAUCAAUUCGUCUACGCUUUAAAUUAUAAAUAAAAAUGCAAACAUUCGCUGAUCGUUAGUUAAAAACUCUAGGUAGCAGGCUUCCAUGUGAACACGAGGACCCUUGAGAAGGGAAUUCAAAUAAAAGGAGCAAGAGCAAGAGCUUGUUAAUUUUUAAUUUUAAAAAACGUGCAUCGAUCGUGUGUGAUUUAUAGUACCGCUAAAAUGUACUCAGGAUUAUCAAUGCAUUGACAUGUUAACGAUAAACAAUUUAUCAUCUCAAUCAAUUUUUUGUUGUCUUUUUUUUAUGUAUAAUAAUAUAAUAUAAUAUAUAUAUAUAUAUAAUAUAAAUAUUACAAUAGAUGAUAAUAGCAGUAGAAUUUUAUAACAAAUCCAAUUACGCAUUUAUUUUUAAACCUUUUUUUAAAUUUUAAAAAUAUACGCGCCAAAAUUUUAUUAAAUUUAAAUUUGUCAUAAGUAUGUCCAAGCGCACUAUUGUUUUAAACACAAAUAUAACAUACAAUUGAUAGCAAAAAAAAAAAAUUAGAUGGAAUUAUAAUUAUAAUUAUAGUGUGUGUCUAUUUACUGUGUUUUUGUUAACCGGUAGAGUAAAAAAAAUGUAUCAAUCAGAAAUAAAUAUUUGUUUGGCGUUAAUUAUGAAUUUUAUUUCCUACAAGGUGAGCCCAAUUUUUUAUUCCAAUUACUUAUCACUAUUAAUUAAAAAAUUUGAAAUUUUACACAAACGCUUACAUGAAAAAAAAAUUCAAAAACUGUCUGAAGUCUAAUUAUGGUUGUUGUCUAUUCAAAAAAGUGUCGGCACUAAAUAUCACUACGUCUAAUUAUCAAUCAGAGUAUCAUGCGUUUGAAUUUGACAGCCACAAUAUCAUACGUAAAAAGAUGAUGGAAGAAAUAAAUAAAAUAAAAUAGUGUCAAUA